CGCCGCCCCGGCGCCAUCUUGGCCGCUGGGGUCCGUGCCCGCCCGGCUUUCUCCCGGUCCCCCCUGGAGUGUGUGGAAGCGCCGCGGGCAGGGAUCGGCUCGGGCCGGUUCUCCAUCGGGCCCCGUGCCCACGAGUGCCGCCCCGCCUCGCGUUUCCAGCCGCCGACUGCGGUCGCGCCCCGAACGGCGGGCGGCCGAGGCGGGCGUGACAGAAAAUGUCGGCUGUGGUGGCGCGGGGAGCUCGGGGGUGCCUCCUCAGGUGGCCGAGGCUCUGCAGGAGGCACAAGUUGUGUUAGGUCUGGCCACGGCUGUUCUACGCCUACAGCAGGGCUUGUGCCCCGGGAGGACGCAGUAUGCGGCAACUGAGAAGCCGGGUCCAGAGCCCUUAAGUUUGGGAAAGCCGCCUUCUGUCAGCAGGGAGCCGCAGCGGGCAGUUUGGUUUUAGCCCCGUCCUCUUAGCGAGCUCCUGCUCGCUGUCAGAACGCGGUACUCCAGCCUUGGUGACUUCUCUCACAGUACAUAAAUCAGAUCCAAGCGUAGGCUUACGAACACUGGAGCCGCUGUAUGUGAGCAGCACAUAAAAUAGUUGCAAUGGCCUUUCUUGAGCUGUAAACUUGCCAGGGCACAAGAUGGGUUUCAGGUAAUGUUCAGAGGAAUUGUCAGUCCAUGCCAAUGCAAAUAUCAGUCGAAUCCUCUGGACAGUUCUCUGCUGAGCAACAUACAGUCACAGACCUCUUAACCUUUCUCGCCAAACAGUACUGAUUUAUUCCUGCUUUUGAUUCCCCAGGAAGCCGUGCAAUUUUGGCAUAAAAACUUAAAAAGCAAAGGUUUUCCAUGAGGAUUAAUUAUUCAACUUGCUAGCACAGCAAUAGUCCCUACUGUGUUGUCUCAAUUCCUCUUGUACAUCAAGGAAAACACAAGGAAGGAGUCUGCUUUAAAAAUCCUGUAAGAGGUCAAAAUCCAAGAGCGUGCCUGUUCUCAACUAUUUUUGUACAAAUGCAGUGACAAAAAGCAAGCGUAAAUCAUUUUAUCUAUUGUUUGAUCAGUGAGGAGGGGAACAUGAGGAGAAACAGGAAAAAGGAGUAAAGACCAGCUGAGAGCAGAGGUGUCAGUCUUGUCUUCCCUCUCAAUACAGGCAGUGAGAACAGGCUUUCCUAAGAACACAAUGACAAGCCAGUCCAGCUAACGAUCCUGGAAAUUCUUUAUAAAUGAGGGGCUAAAAUGGUCGUGGCGAGGCCCCAGUUAUGCAUGUGUAUGGGGAGUGGGGCAGAAAGCUCUGAGCCCAGUGAGCUCAGGUGGGAAGGAGCGACUCCAAGAACGCAGAUCUUGAUGUUCACUGCUGACCGUGAAAACCCUGGGAGCGCUGAGAAUUAUGCCGACCCUGAACGCACACGCUUUGUUCUUGCUCUGUUCUGAUGUUCCCUUGCUUUCUUUCCUGAGGUGUACUUAAGUUCAUCUUUCAUUUGAUUGAAGGGAAGCUGUUCUAAUGGCCUCAGAAGGGCAAGGCGAGGAUACAGAGCAUCCACCUGAGCCUCCUACAGUCCCUGCUCAGAGUAACAGAGCCUUUCAGUGGGGAGCUAUACUUGCUGCAGUGAAAGAUCAGCUCCCAUCUCUGGACUCUGACACUUCCACAUCUGGUUGCGAGAGUGAUGAGGAGCUUUUUAUCUUCCAUCGAGAGCAUCCCAACUUAAUUCCUGACCUGUCAGAAGAAUUGCUGGAGUUCUCCCUGGAAGACUCUGACACACAGGUUGUUGGCUGUUGUGAGCAGCAAGUAAAGGAAACAGAAAGAUAUCCAUGGGAGAUCUGGAAUGGAGAUCUGAAAAGUUCUGGCUUUCAGAAAAAAACAGAUGGUGCCCAAGUUAGUGAAAGAGAACAUGUACUGGUGAUUAAAGAUGAGACUUCCAGUCUUGCCAGCCACGCUGAAGAAAUUCCAGGCCAAAAGGGAGCUGUUUUUUUUGAAGAACCUCUUUCAGAUUCCACAGAUGGACUUGAAGAGAAAGAGCUGGGCAGGCAACAGGCCAAGGAAAGAGUGAACUCUUGGCUUAAUACAGCAUCGUUAGUGGAAGAGCUGGGCAGUAAAAAAGAGAGAAGAAAGCUGAUAAAGACAAAGAUACUCUCAAAAAUAUAUCUAGAGCCAUCACCAGGCCACCCAGAGCUAAAUGUCAAGCCUCCUUCCCAUGGCAUGAGCAACAGUCUAGAAAGAAGUGUUAAGGAAGAAACUUCUACAGCUGACCACCUUCAAGAACAAACCCAUCUGUCCUUGCAGAAUAUUGAGAAAUGGGACCUAGACAAGAUUCUUGAGGAGCAGAAGCAGCAGAAAGAUAGCACUCAUGCAGAAUUUGCCAUCUCCUCAGCAGAUCAUGAGACCUUCAGGUGUAGAUCUGAACAUCAGCUCAUGGAAAAACUAGGAGAGCUGUGUGGCAGGCAGUCCAGGACAACAUCUUCAUGCUGCAGGAGGCCAUCAACCAAGAUCUCCUUUCAAGAAGAGCAAGAGAAUAGGAAGGAUGUUGCCUUCCUAUCAUCUUCACCAAGUUCUCUGACGAUGGACACGAUGAGAUUACCGUGCCUGCCAGAGCCUCAAACUGUGUACAUUGAUUUAAGAGAUGCUAAACCACAGAAGUCAGUAACGUUCCAUGAUGAGAACCAAAGCGCAGGCGACAGCUCCACUGAAGAAGAAGAGACUGUGACAAUUAAGGACCAGACAGAAAGGAGAAUGAGCAAUUGCUCAGGGAAAAGCUUGCUACUGCAACAACUCCGUACAGCCCGUAAAAAAGCCUUAGAGCUUCUUCAUGACGCAGCUACCCCAGCUGAAAGACUCAGAGGCACAAAACAAGAUCCAGAAAGUCUGGAAGAGAUGGGUGCCUCUAAACUCAGUCAAAAACAAUAUAGUAAAUUGAGACAAGAGACAAACAAGGUGAUUUCUAGGAAAUUGAGACUGCAGCCAGAGAACAGAAAUGCCCCCUUGUCAAGCCAGGGGAGCAAUGGAGCUGACAUAGAAAGAAAAAGCCAAGUGGAAGCUGAGAGCGUUCAACAUUCAGGAAACGUUCUGGAGUCUCCUCUACCCACGACAGAAUUGCCAAGAAUGUGUAUAUUUUUCAGGACAGAAGAAAGUAAGAUAGAACUAUCUCAAAAGGAAGAACAGAUGAAAGAGAAACACAGGAGACACAGAUUCCAGGAGCAGCUGGAGAGAUUGCAGCCUCAUCAGUCAGUUACUGGAAAGCAGCCCAUGGCAGAGAAAACACCGGUUUUGUUCCACAUGGAAGCCUCUUAUUUGCCAGAUAUUGACACAUUACCUAGAUCAGCCACUAUGAAAAAUGAGGUUCUGCUUAUGACAAUUUGGCUGUCAAGUUGUGGCCAGGUAUCUACAGAUCAGUGCAGUGGGCAGGUGCCUAACAUAGUGCUGAGAGCAGCCGACAUCUACAAUGCCCUUGUGACGUGGCUUCUGUCUCUGGUGCCUCCUGUGAAAAUUGAAGGUGGACCCAAAGCUCCGUUUCAGGUGGUAGGGCUACAGCAGGCCUGGCAAGAGGAUGGAUUGGCCCUGCAUGCUUGUCUAAUGCCACCAGAUGAAUCUCUAGCCCAAAACAGCACCAAAAUCCAGAAGAUUAAAACUGAAGAUGAUCUCCAAGGAAUAUCCAUUUUUUACCAGAGGAUUACUGAAUUUCUAUCCUGUACGUGGCUUCCAGAUGUUAUCUGGUGGAGACCAGAACUGGUCAAUUGCUUCCAAAACCAGCUAUAUCCACUUGCUCCUGAAAUUCCCUCUGUCCUGCUGAGUUGCAUCACUACUGUUAGUCCUGAUCCUCAGGCAGUGGAGAAAGUGUUUGCAGUGCCAAAUGGAUUUUACUGGCAGACAGUAGAAACUGAUGAAAAAUACUUCCCUAAUAGCAGCAACAUUGAGGCUUGCAGCGACAUAGACACUGAGGUUGCCAUGGUAUUGCUGUUUGAAACUCUCCUCCGAAGUUCCCUAGCUACCCAUCACAUGUUGCAGCUGGUACUCAGCUCUGGUCUGGAUGUCUGUGGACUCCGCCUGCUCUAUCCUCAGCAUGAUGUGCUGCUCUCUAGCUCAGAAAAACUGCCUUCUUCCUAUGCUUCAGAGAUGGGCAAGGUGCUACCAGUGCUGGCAUUGGGCGUGAGAGGGCCAAAAGCACGUAGCACCUUGCAGAAUAUCAUUGGGCCAUCUGACCCGCAGCUGGCUGGCGUGACAGACUGCAGUUCCAUCAAUGCCAUCUACUGCAGGAGCCAAGCAGAGCCUCUCGUCUACCUGCCCCAGCUGGACAGCCGUGUGCACAGAGAGCUGUGCCUCUGGUUCGGAGGGAGGGCUGCUCAUGCAGCACUGCAUGGUGGUGUCUUAGAUCCAGCUUCCAGAUGCAACAGAGUGAGGUCUGAGAGUCCUUCAUCAACUAGAGCAGAAGCAGAUGAAGAAAACGUUCAUCUCCAGGACAUGGUGCAACCUCGACCUCCAGCGAUGCUUGUCUCAACUUCCAAAGGGGACAUUAUUUUGAUGGUGUCACCUGUGGUAUCUCCUCAUGCAUAUGGUAAUGUGAUUUUGGUCUGUACUCAUCGGGGUUUUCUUCUGCAAGGAAUCAGACAGCUGCAGCUUUCACCCAAGCAAGCCAUUGUGCUGAGCAUGACAACAAGUCAGAUUGCCGUAUUUUGCCCUAGAAAGAUUUCAAGUUCACCUGCAAACAGUUCUGCAAGAGGAGAGCUUUCUGCUGAGCCACGCACGCACAGUCUCAUUUUGUUGCUGAGAAAGGAGAAUGCUAGUCACCAUAUUCCUGCGCUGGUAAAAGGACUGAUGAAUGAACUGGCAAAGCAAGGGCUCCGUAGUGACAGGCAGAGCAACCUGCCUGCCACUGCUGGGCUGGAUCCCUCUGUGUGCUUUCAUGUGGCUCCUUACACCGAGACCUUGCUGCAGGCGCUGGGAGGAAACCUCAGUGCAGUGCCAGGCCCCUGUAACGUUCCUCUGGAUCUUUUCUGCAAUCAAAUAUAUGCCUCUGAACCUGAAAUGGAGCAGGUUGUCAUGCUGACACUGAUCGGAGUGGAUGCUAUGAAGAGUGCUGGAGAGCUUCUUUGCCAGAUCCUUCUUCCUGGGAGCAGUAACCAGUCUCAGAAUGCAGAAGAACCUGAUUCAGGGUUUGAACUUCUAGGUCUCAAAUGGUUGCCCUAUCUCACUCGAUGUCAGGCAAGAGAAAUAACCCCUUUUGAGGUUGGAGAUACUUCCUGGCAAAGAAGCCUUGAUAGACUCAUGUCAAACCCAGUCCUUGUGUGUGCGUUACGGCGGAUCAAUGCCUUCAAAGUUCUUGCAGAUGCGCUGAAAAGAUUAACACAGCACAGGGAGGAGCUAAGCAAAAGUGGCAGUGCUCUACAGAGAGUAAUGGCCUUGACCCCAGAGAUGACGUUCAGACAAGCCAUCCUCUUCUUCACAGAGAAGGAUUUUGUAACUAAUGCAGAAUACCGCCCUGCUACAAAAUACCUGCCACCACCUGGCAAGAAAUCCAGGGCUGAAGAAAAGAGCCAGAGAUGCCGUGAAGAAUCACUAUUUACCUACUUGCAAACAGGAGCCCAGAUCCUUUGCACAGUGCUGCUGAUCAAACCUGGUGCCUGGAGCCAUCGUCUUGCAAGGAUCCUCCAAAAAAUAGACCUAGAAAAAUUCACUGUGGUUGCGAUGAAACACGUACAUCUGGAACCAGACAUUGCCUUAGGACUCCUUUCUUCUGAAGUGAAACAGGAUCCUGCUGUUUUAGAAGCUCAUUGUACCUAUCUUACCUCAGGCACUUCUCUUGUGCUUUGUCUUCAAAGACCAAAUGCUGUGAAGAAGCUGAUAGAUUUACUGGGGCCAGAGGAUCCUAAAGUGGCCCAAGCAUUAGAUCCAUUCCUCUGGAGGGCUCAGUAUGGCAUCAGCACAGUCCAAAACGGAUUUUAUGGCUCCAAAUCCUAUCAAAUAGCUGUCCGGGAUAUGAAGCUGUUUUUCCCAGAAGGGCUGUGCUGCGCCGAGUGUCGGACGUUAGAGGAGGAAGAGAUCUAUAACCUGAAACGUGACCCUAUAGUUGGUUUGGAAAUCAACAGGCAGCGGAGAAUCAUAAAACAUGAAACAGGAGGGCGACUCAAUUUAUUGGGCUCUGGGCAACCAUGCGAUCUUGAUCGGCCAUUGCUUGAUAACCUCUGCCAAACCACUUGCCUCGUCUUGCCUGGGAUCAUCCUUCGGGGGUCAGACCCACCUUACGUUGAACUGCUUGAUCAGCUUAUUGGCAAAGAUUUCACAAUGACUGGAGUACGUCUCACUGUCCUGGACGCACCACAAGCUCAUUGCAUCUCUGAGAUACUAAGCAGGGCAAAGUGCAGUGUUGCAGCAAAGUGUUCCCUUUUAAUGGACGGUUUGUGUCUGGUGUUAGCAGCAGAGCGAGACAAUGCGGUCAUUUGCUUCGACUCCCUGCUGGACAGUGUCUGUUGGCAGAAGCAGUCGCUACUGGACACUGCACAGCAUCUUCUUUAUCCCCAAAAUGAGAAACAGGCUAAAGAGCUGCUCUGUUGUCUUUUUGACUCCCUGACGUCUGACAGCAUCCACCGCAUUGAAUCCCAGGGCUGCUAGCCAAGAUGGUCAGUGCCGCCAAGCAGCACAUGGGUGGAUGCCAUUGUGGUUCGGAGUGUUCAUCUGGCUGGGAAAAAGAUCAGGAGGCAAGCACAGAGGCAGAGGUUCGCUGCUGGCUCUCUCUCAGGCACCUGGGGACUCCCAUCUUCCUCAGGCCCAAGAGACAAGACUCCAUGUUCUGCUGCUACUGUGGUCUUUGAACCAAAGAUAAAACCACAGUAAGUAACGUGGAAAUAGGUGGAGGGAAGGUUGGAUCCCUGGAGAGCUGAGUACACCAGGUAGAGCCAUUAAAUAAAAAGCUCUCUCUGCUCUGGCAGCCUUGUUACCAGCCAUCUCUGCCCAGCCCCAGCUCAUUGCCCACCCGUGGGUGCUCAGCCCUGCCCCAUGUUUCUCGCGCCCCAGCAAACGCUGGUCUAGUGCUACGCCUCCUCUGCCGAGUCCUUUCGCUGAGCUCUCUGGCAAGGUGGCCGGCUUUAACGCGAAGACUGUCAGUCUUCUGGGGACCUUCUGGGCAAAUUCAGCUCCUUUGGGGAAGACUUCUCAGCCCAGCAGGCCUCUUGUUCCCAUCUGCCCCAUUGAGGCAGACUUAACAAAUGCACGUGCAUCUCGUGCAGACGUCGCAGUCGUGGCACCAACAGUCCCUGUGUCACCUCCAGGUGGUGUUAAUGCAGCGUGGCGUGCAGCUGGCUGGCCAGCCACCUCUGGCUGCUGAUGGCAGGGUGAGCCCGUCCCACGCAGAGCCUUUCCCUCCACAAGAGCCUGGUGCAAGUCCUCCUCCCAGCCAUCACUCACACAGAUUGUGAGACAGAACACCUCUGAGAUCUCUGUCCCCUUCCAAACCAGGCUGGAAGUGUCCAGUAAGUUUAAAAGUAGUUUGAGGUCUGGCGCUGCAUGCUCUGCUUCCCCAGGCUGGUGAUAUCCCUGCCCCAGCCCUUCCCCUUCUCUAAGCUACGUUUACACAGCGAUAAGAGAUUGUGCUGGAGGCGGGGAGGCAAGGACAGGUUGCCUACCCGGACCUCACGCAGCAGUUGGUGUCAGGACUGUGCGUACCCUGCAAGCCUCUGCUCCCCAGCGCCGUUCCGCCUGGACAGAGACUGCUCGGGCUUUGUGGCGGCACUGCGUGAUUGCUGAAGAGAAGCUCAAGAAAUCACGUGCCCUGAGCCCCCGGGGCUCAGCGUGACCAAAAAGCCUGCUCUGCUCCUGCAGCUAAGUAGGCCAUUUUCCUGCACUCCAGGCGCACUUCUGUCGUGCUUAUUAGCCACGUACAGCCUUGAAACAAAUGAAAAUUAAAAGGAUCCACCCCCAGCACUUGGGGAAUUCGAUCUGAAAAAAAACUGUGAGAAAUGGGAUCACGGGGAGCUGCACAGCCCCUUUCCCUGACCCUGGGGGACUCACACGUCAGGAGGUGAUGCUCCUGUGACCAGCAGCAGUCAGCCCAGGGAGGCCAUGUCCCGUCUGGAGACACCCCUGGCCCAGUCGGCUGUCACACCAGCACAUGGGACUGCAACAGCAUUAGGCCAUGUAAUAAACCAGGGCCUGGCACAACAAUCACCCAGUACCUCACCCCCUUCCAGAGCGCCCCACCAUGGUGGCUUGCUCUUUGUGAGCCCCCAUCUUGCAGACACCCCAGGACAGUGCCUCAGUUUCCCACCCAUGGCACUGCCGCGUCCCCCAGACACACCAGCCACAUCGCAGAAAUGGGGCAGCACCUGGGGAUUUUUGAGAGACGCUGCAGCCCUGUCUUCAAUCCCAAUUUUAAAGCCCAGCUAAUUAGUCUCGGUGUAACAAACUAGCACGCCCUGCACAGAGCAGGGGAAAGCAUCAUCCUCUGAUAUUUCCAAAAUGCCAGGAUUCCAUAAAUAACCUCACCAGCCUUUCCUCCCAGAGCUCCCCACUCCUCUCCGGAGAGCUGACAGCCCGGAGCACCGUGGGCCCUGCAGGAAUCAAUCCCGUCGUCCUGCCAUCAGCUCCGGCAAACGGAGCCGCAGCUCGCCCGGUGUUUUCCUGCAAACUGCCACAAGGCAGCCAGGAUUAACUAAUCAGCACUGAGGAGCAAAUUAAUGACUGCUAGAACUAGGAGAAAGGCAGAUUUGAUCUGAGAUUGCCAGCUUUGCAGCUGGCUCCUACUUGCAAACAAUUCAUUUAGAUUAUGAAAGCAAGAAAUUGAGUACAAAACCCCCUAGAUUGUUUGCUUCCUAGAGAAAGAAAAGAAAAGAAAUGGAAUUUAGAUUAAAAAUUAUGCAGAAUAGUAUUAAUUCCCCACCCUCUCGUGCCUCCCCUCUUGCUGGAAAACCAGAGCUAAUCAGAAUUUAGCAUUGUUCUGCUGCCAGUGUCAGAGCUGCCUCAAUGGAGGAGAGAGAAAAUACAGUAGGUGGCAGUUGGUGUUAACUCCUUAGGGGCCUGCGAUGAGGAAGACGGGAACGCAGCGCCCUGUGCCCAUCUCCCGUUUCCCCAGCGUGCCCCAUCCCUGUCGUCACCUCCCCGCGAUACGCGGCUGCCUCGGGGUAUGGAGCAGCUCCACACCCCCCAGCACCAUCGGGUGCCUGCGCGCUGUCUCCUUCUGUCGUGCUUAUUCGUCCCGAGAAGCCGAUGUCCCCAGACUGAGCUCGGUUUGUGACGGUGGCUUUUGGGGAUACCGGCAAAGGGACGGGGCUGCGCAGUGGGUGCGCGCACCCGCGAACAACAGCGAGCUGCACGCCGAGGGCUCGGGAGCUCUCGUGGGAGCCCUUUGCUGCAGCACAGAGCAAGUCGGCAUGCUGAGGGGAGCGGAGGUGCUGGGCGUGUGUCCGCCAGGGUGGGCGCAGGCAGCAGAGAGCCGCGCUCGUGUCACGGGUUUCUAGCUUGUGGCGUCCCCCUCAGCCCCGAGCCGAGGCGGCCAUGUCUCCACGCUGACCUCUUCUCAGCCACCAUGUGCAGGUUUGGCAGCUGCUCAGGGGCUUUGCAAAGUGACCAGACUGAUUCUUCUGCCCCCCAAAGUAAAAUGACAAGGGAGAACCCAAAUUAAAAUGAAUAACCUCAGAAUAAAGGUUGCAGACAUUUCACUUGGGUGUCCCCUCUCCAUCCUACUUCAGCUGAACAAAGCAGGAUUGAAAACAUGUGACACCUGGAACUGAGGCAACCCCUUAAAACAAACGUGUGGAUUCGGUUUGGGCCAGAAUGACUUCCUUUUAUUUAACAUUUACUUUUAUUCACCCAAAUAGUUUCUGCUCCAGCCCUGUGCACGUGAGCCCUGCAGAGCACCCGGCAGGUCUCCCAUCACUGCUCAGACAGCGUGCGGGGACUUGCUGCCCUCCCCAUGGGUGGCAUCAGCACAGCUGAGCAAUUGGGCACCGGUCUCAGCUCCGGAGGCCCACAACCAGCUCCGGAGGUGGGCUGGGGGCUGCUGCGCGGCCGUGCCAGGGCUCUGCUGCUUGCAGCAGCAUCUUGCUAUUUUAGGUUGCCCUUGCUACUGGCUUCACAUUCCAUUAUCAGCAGAUGUGGCCCCGGGGGCGUGCUGGGCAUGACACUGCCUUCGCUUGCUGCCUGCAUCCUCCCUUCUGCUGCGGCUGCUCCUGCGGGCAGCAGAAGAAAGACGGGGGGGGACCUGUGCGGCGCUGGGGGCGGCACAGCCACAGCCCUGCUCCCCCCACGGCCUUGGGGCCGGGUGCUGGGGUGAACUGGAGGUUUAAGCCUCCCCCGGUGAAUCACCGCCAUGGGAUUUACGGGGCAGAACGGGGAGGCAGGCAGAGCCCGUGGGUCAACCCGUGGGCUCCUGCGGCUGCAGACCCCCUGCCCUGCCCUACUUGGCUCUGCAGCGAGGGGAGGCCUGGGCUGGUCCCUGCGUGCGUGGUGUGACAGCGGCAGCGUGUCCUGCUCGGGCUGUGCUGUGGGGAGCGUGUUUGUCCCCGUCCCCAUCCCGGGAUGGGACCAGCACCGCCACACCGGGCAGGCAGUGUCCCCUCUUGAUCUCCUCUGCCCGGGGCCUGUUGCAGCGGGAGCUGCUGAUUAAUUGGCACUUGGCAAUUCCCCGUGGCCAAGGGGCUGGAGGAGCACAAAGGGCGAUUUGUCUGCAAGGCUGCAAGCUUUGAUAAAGCAGGGCCGGGGAUGACUCAGAUGUGGGUAAUUAAAGUGUUUGAAGCGGCGGAUGGCUCGGGCAGAAAUACCAGCUCCAGGCUCUUUCAACUGCUGGAACUGGGUCACGCAGGAGCCUGGCGCUGGCGUGGCCGCGAGCCAACGGCACCGCCGGUUGCCCUUGUGCCGGAGGGCGGCCGGCUUGUCCCUGCUCUGGGGCUGUGCCGGCUGCUCUGCGGGCAGCGGGCGGGUCCGGGGGUUCUGCACCCCAACGGUGUGCCUGACGUCGGCCUUGUUCCAGCGGGAGCCUCCUGAGACUGAGACCCCGGGGGAUGGCGGGCUCUUGCCUCUAGCGAGAUCAGCAAGUUUCCAUCGCUGCCAGUCGUGAUCCUCCUGUGGCCCCAAGGGGCCUGCAUGCAGCCGAUGCAGGCUGGAGCCCGGAGCCCUCCUCCCCUGGGAGCCCUCGUCCCCUGUGAAGCACAGCGUGAGGCCACUGGGGAGCUCCCGGCCGCUCAGCUACCGCUGCCUUCUGCGGGGGCGCAGCCGCCCUCGUGUCUCACCUGCAGCCUUUAAUCCUGACGUUUCCUUCCCGUGCGGUACCUUCAGGGCUACAAGACAGCCAACAGCCAUCUUACGCAUGUUGCAGACGUGUUCGGGGUGCCUUUAAACCCCCGGGAUGUUACAGAGGGCUUAGAGCCGGACUCCGCUAGCCAUCGAUUCACUGUUUAUUAAAGCCCCCAUUAAUCUCCUAUUAACGCUCUUCGAACGCGACCUUUCUGGAGGUGCCGCAGCAGCUGAGGCGUGGGGCUUAGCUUCUCCCAGCCCGGCGCCGCCGACGCCAGCGAGGGUUUCACUCGGGUCGUGGCCGUGCCGAGCACUUCGAUGCCGUGCCGUGGCCGCCAAGGUGAGAG